AUGAGGAGGUCAUCGAAAAAUUCUGGUGCGGCGCACAAGAAGGGGGAAGCCGGUUUGGCGCCGUCCAAGGCGCCUCAGCGGCAGGAAAAGGAGAAGCGGAGCGCCCCAAUGAAGAAAAGCAAGCAAAGUGGGAAAAGCGGGCAAAACGGACAAAGCAGGCCGCGCAGUGGUGCCAAGCCGAUCAAAACGAGCGAAGAGUCUUGGAAGUCUACCACAUCUGCGCAAUCGCCACGGCAGAGGCGACAUGGAGAAGGGCCUCACCAAAAGGAUAACCAUCCGGGGGUGAAUAAGAACCCGGAAAAAAAUUCCUCAAACCAUGUACUUGUUAGGGAACAAAUGGAAGCUGCGAAGAGGGAAAGGAUUAAGAGAGAAGGGGGAGGGUGCUUCCUAUGUCUCUGCUGUGGAAGCAAUGACGAUGAUAUGAUGAAUGAGCUAAUUUUAGAGGAUGAAAUAGGCAGGGAAAAGGAAGAGAAAGAAAAAAGGAAAAAGGAACAAGAGGAAGAGAGGCAACGGGAACGACUGAGUAUGAUGGAGGAAGAAGACAUAAUGAAGCGUCUACUCGAAGCAGCCGCAGAAGGAAAGACAGAUGAAGAGGGGGAAAAAAAAAAAGUAGGAGAAGUGGACAAACCAAAGGCACAAGCAAAAACAGGUGCCCGUCUAAUCAUAAAAGAUAUGAAACCAAAAUUGCUGCAGAAGAAAAAACCCAAGUUUAGUUUCCUUGGAGCAGCAUCAGCGCCUCCCCCCCCUGCAGCCUCAGCCUGUGUAGGACCCCCACCGGAAGUCAAAUCAACAUCCGUACCAGUAAAGGAGGGAGUCUAUUUAAUAUACAGUGAUGAAAACAACGGACAGGUAGAAUUACAUUAUUCCAAGCAGCCCAUAAAAGGAAGAGGAGUAUUAGCGUAUAUAUCCUCAAGUACAAUCCCAGAUUUUUAUUUUGUGAAGAAUAAUAUGAAGCAAAUAUUACUCAAAGAUGUUGCAAAAAUAAUGCAGAGUAGCUACGUGAAUGAUUUAAAGCCAUACUACGAAUGUGUAAUUAAUUUUAUAAAAAUGAAAAAAAAAUUCAAUGGCGUUUUAUACUUGUUACCUGCUUUCAAUGCUGAACCCCCUCCCAAACUGGACGUCAUUUUUUUUGAUUCCAAACAGAAGAAGCUGCACUAUGCCCCCAUUGAAGAAGCAAUCGAAUUCAGGGGCAACUUCAUUUUCGUCAUUCAAAAGGGGCUCCCAAUAUUCCAGGAGGAAAUAGAAACGGAGAAGCUCUGUUCCUACGUGUGCAGCUUCGGCGCGUUUCAGAACAUUUAG